GCGGCAGGAGCAGCGUUGGCACCGGCGAACCAUGGCUGGGAUUUUCUAUUUCGUCCUCUUUUCGUUUCUCUUUGGGAUUUGCGACGCUGUCACCGGUUCCAGGGUGUACCCCGCGAAUGAAGUUACCUUAUUGGAUUCCAGAUCUGUUCAGGGAGAACUUGGGUGGAUAGCGAGCCCUCUGGAAGGAGGGUGGGAGGAAGUGAGUAUAAUGGAUGAAAAAAAUACACCAAUCCGAACCUACCAAGUGUGCAACGUAAUGGAACCCAGCCAGAAUAACUGGCUACGAACUGAUUGGAUCACCCGGGAGGGGGCUCAGAGGGUGUACAUUGAGAUCAAGUUCACCUUGAGAGACUGCAACAGUCUUCCAGGUGUCAUGGGGACUUGCAAGGAGACGUUUAACCUCUACUACUAUGAAUCAGACAACGACAAAGAGCGUUUUAUCCGAGAGAGCCAGUUUGCCAAGAUUGACACCAUUGCGGCCGAUGAGAGCUUCACCCAAGUGGACAUUGGUGACAGAAUCAUGAAGCUGAACACCGAGAUCCGGGAUGUAGGGCCCCUGAGCAAAAAGGGGUUUUAUCUGGCUUUUCAGGAUGUGGGGGCCUGCAUUGCCCUGGUCUCAGUCCGUGUGUUCUAUAAGAAGUGUCCGCUCACCGUUCGCAAUCUGGCCCAGUUUCCAGACACCAUCACAGGGGCCGAUACAUCUUCCCUGGUGGAAGUUCGAGGCUCCUGUGUCAACAACUCAGAAGAGAAGGAUGUGCCAAAAAUGUACUGUGGGGCAGAUGGUGAAUGGCUGGUACCCAUUGGCAACUGCCUAUGCAAUGCUGGGCAUGAAGAGCGGAAUGGAGAAUGCCAAGCCUGCAAAAUUGGAUAUUACAAGGCCCUCUCCACGGAUGCUACCUGUGCCAAGUGCCCACCCCAUAGCUACUCAGUCUGGGAAGGAGCCACGUCAUGCACCUGUGACCGAGGCUUUUUCAGAGCCGACAAUGAUGCAGCCUCUAUGCCCUGCACCCGCCCACCGUCUGCUCCCCUCAACUUGAUCUCUAAUGUCAAUGAGACUUCAGUGAACUUGGAAUGGAGCAGUCCCCAGAACACAGGUGGCCGCCAGGAUAUUUCCUACAAUGUGGUGUGCAAGAAAUGUGGAGCUGGUGAUUUCAGCAAGUGCCGACCCUGUGGAAAUGGGGUCCACUAUACCCCACAGCAGAAUGGCCUGAAGACCACCAAAGUUUCCAUCACUGACCUCCUGGCUCACACCAAUUACACAUUUGAAAUCUGGGCGGUGAAUGGAGUGUCCAAGUAUAACCCCAGCCCGGACCAAUCCGUGUCUGUCACUGUGACAACCAACCAAGCAGCACCAUCAUCCAUUGCUUUGGUCCAGGCGAAAGAAGUUACAAGAUACAGUGUUGCUCUGGCUUGGCUGGAACCAGAUAGACCCAACGGGGUGAUCUUGGAGUAUGAAGUCAAGUAUUAUGAGAAGGAUCAGAAUGAGCGGAGUUACCGCAUUGUCCGGACAGCUGCCAGGAACACGGACAUCAAAGGCCUGAAUCCUCUGACUUCCUAUGUGUUCCAUGUCCGAGCCAGGACAGCAGCUGGCUAUGGAGACUUCAGUGAGCCACUGGAGGUCACGACCAACACAGUGCCUUCCCGGAUCAUUGGAGAUGGGGCCAACUCCACCGUCCUUCUGGUCUCAGUCUCAGGCAGUGUGGUGCUGGUGGUCAUUCUCAUCGCGGCUUUUGUCAUCAGCAGGAGACGGAGUAAAUACAGUAAAGCUAAACAAGAAGCAGAUGAAGAGAAACAUUUGAAUCAAGGUGUUAGAACUUACGUGGAUCCCUUUACAUAUGAAGAUCCCAACCAAGCGGUUCGAGAAUUUGCCAAAGAAAUCGACGCAUCCUGCAUUAAGAUUGAAAAAGUCAUAGGAGUUGGUGAAUUUGGCGAAGUAUGCAGUGGGCGUCUCAAAGUGCCUGGCAAGAGAGAGAUCUGUGUGGCCAUCAAGACCCUGAAAGCUGGUUAUACAGACAAACAGAGGAGAGACUUCCUGAGUGAGGCCAGCAUCAUGGGACAGUUUGACCACCCGAACAUAAUUCACUUGGAAGGCGUUGUCACCAAAUGUAAACCAGUAAUGAUCAUAACAGAGUACAUGGAGAAUGGCUCCUUGGAUGCAUUCCUCAGGAAGAAUGAUGGCAGAUUUACUGUCAUUCAGCUGGUGGGCAUGCUUCGCGGCAUCGGGUCCGGGAUGAAGUACUUAUCUGAUAUGAGCUAUGUGCAUCGAGAUCUAGCUGCACGGAAUAUUCUGGUAAAUAGCAACUUGGUCUGCAAAGUGUCUGAUUUUGGCAUGUCACGAGUGCUUGAGGAUGAUCCAGAAGCCGCUUACACCACCAGGGGUGGCAAGAUUCCUAUCCGGUGGACUGCGCCAGAAGCAAUUGCCUAUCGUAAAUUCACAUCAGCAAGUGAUGUAUGGAGCUAUGGAAUCGUUAUGUGGGAAGUGAUGUCGUAUGGAGAGAGACCCUAUUGGGAUAUGUCCAAUCAAGACGUGAUUAAAGCCAUUGAGGAAGGCUAUCGGCUACCCCCUCCCAUGGACUGCCCCAUUGCACUCCAUCAGCUGAUGCUAGACUGCUGGCAGAAGGAGCGGAGUGACAGGCCGAAAUUCGGGCAGAUUGUCAACAUGUUGGACAAACUCAUCCGCAACCCCAACAGCUUGAAGAGGACGGGGACCGAGAGCUCCAGACCUAACACUGCCUUGUUGGAUCCAAGCUCCCCUGAAUUCUCUGCCGUAGUAUCAGUGGGCGAUUGGCUCCAGGCCAUUAAAAUGGACCGGUAUAAGGAUAACUUCACGGCUGCUGGUUAUACCACCCUAGAGGCUGUAGUGCACAUGAACCAGGAGUAAGUACUCAGCGAUGUAACACCAAAGGUGACCUGGCAAGAAUUGGCAUCACAGUCGUCACACACCAGAAUAAGAUUUUGAGCAGUGUCCAGGCGAUGAGAACCCAAAUGCAACAGAUCCACGGCAGAAUGGUUCCUGUCUGAGCCAGUACUGAAUAAACUCGAAACUCUUGAAAUUAGUUUACCUCAUCCAUGCACUUUAAUUGAAGAACUGCACUUUUUUUACUUCGUCUUCGCCCUCUGAAAUUAAGGAAAAAAAAAAUCGAAUACCUGCAGUGUUGCUUGGUGUACAGAUCGCCUAAACUGUGGGGUUUUGCAGAAAUGACAGCCGUCGUUUGAAAUUAGACCUGGAACAAAUUGUUUCUCAGAAGUACUCCGUCCAUCACCAGUUUGUAAAAUACAUGUACGUAUAUAAAUAGAACACCACCUCCGAGUUUUGAUGCCGCAUUUGCUGCCAGACACUGAGCUUCUCUGAGGCAUCCUUGAUCCUCUCUCCAUUGGGAAUUACAACUGCAGUAUUUUGUUUGUGGCGUAAAUGACCGUCAUCCUGCUUUCACUGGAAUGGAUACCAUGCCCAGGAACAUUCUGGAAGGACUCAGUUGUAGCUCUUAAGGCUUGGUUCAUACCGUGGGAAACAACCUAGGUGAAAACCACGUGGCUCAUCAGUGUUGCUCCUUCAGUGCUCAGGCCACCUGGUGGCUUACGGUGACAUAAGGCGCCGGAAAGAAAAGGAAAGUAGAUUUCAAAUAAUAAUAAUAAUUAAUAAUAAUAAAA